UGUUUUCCCUUGGGGUGUGGAGUAAGCGGGGGAAGGAAAAACGACCAGGCUGACCAAGCGCCAGGAAGCAAACCAAUCAUACAUCUUGAGAAGGACCUGCAGGAAGGAACUGGCAUUCCAGGUGCGAUGCCACAGAGUUUGAGCCAUAAUGAAGGAGUCUCAACAGAUAAUACGCCUGAUUCUGGGGAUGCAAAAAACCUUCGAAUUAAGCUGGUGCUUCUUGGGGAUUCAGGGGUAGGAAAGAGCUGUAUUGUGUUGCGGUUUGUCCGUGGACAGUUUGAUGCUUCAUCGAAGGUUACAGUCGGUGCAUCUUUUUUAUCACAAACAGUUACUCUUCAGGAUACCACUGUCAAAUUUGAGAUUUGGGACACUGCAGGGCAGGAGAGAUAUGCUUCUCUUGCACCAUUGUAUUAUCGAGGCGCAUCUGCUGCAACUGUUGUGUAUGAUAUUACAAAUGUGGAAUCCUUCCAGAAAGCAAAGUUCUGGGUGAAGGAACUUCAAAAGCAUGGGUCUCCUGGGAUUGUCAUGGCACUUGUUGGCAACAAAGCAGACCUACGAGUCGAUCGUGCAGUCAACGUUGAGGAAGCUCAAGCAUAUGCAGACCAGAAUGGGAUGUUCUUUAUCGAAACCUCUGCAAAGACAGCUGACAACAUUAAUGAGCUCUUUGAGAGUAUUGCAAGACGACUACCUCGAGGUCCCGGAACAACACCAAAGCGUGUAGCCCCUCAUGGGAGGGGUUGAAAUUUUUUGAUACAAAUGUUGCGGGUAAUGAUGAUAUGGACAAAGUCAAAGCAAUUUGGAUGUCUGCCAAGCCAAGAAAUGAAUGAGACGACGGUGUCGGUGUUAGGGGGAGGAAGGGGGUGGGGAGGGGGUGGGGAGGGGGCAGGGUGCAUGCAUGGGAGGGCUCUGAAUGGCUUUGGCCAGUCAUCGCACGACGAGCACCGGGGUCAGACACCUUGACAGCAAGGCAGCAUUAAAGAGCUAGAAAUUGUUGGUUGUGUUUGUGGUAAGGCGCAGUGACAAAUAAAAUGAUGGAGGGAAAGGUAACUGCCAUCAGGGUCAGGGGUGGAGUAUAGAACGACGUUGAGUUGUGCCCGCAAAGUUUCGAGUGCCAUUUUGAUGUGGCAUCGAGUCUUGAGUGAUACCAAGGGCACUGCUGAAGUACACCUGAAUGCCAUCGCUAGAUCAUGGGGCGGGAUGAUGCGGCUAAGGAAGGACCUAUACUAUUUUUGCUUGCUGCGGCUGGUAGGAUCCAAGUCAGGAUUGCAACAUUAAUAACAUUGUUGCUUCUGGGUGGAGGGAGCGAUCUGCUCUGCAUAUAUACCAAGGGUGAAGGUUAUGGAGACGCCGAUUGUUUCUCAGUGAAAGCAGGACCCAAUCUGUUAGGCAUGGUUGUAGGGACCAAUGUUACUCGUCCCGACGCGAGUGUGAAAGGGCAGAUAUCUGCAGAAAUAAAUGAAAUAAUAAUACCGUUUUGCAGCAUGGCGUGGACAAAGCAGUGUGUCUACUCGGCUAAGCAUCGCCUUAAAAUUUGCAGGUCUCGCAUCGCCAGGUAUCUGAGUUAAGCGAAAUCGCAAACAUGGCAUGAUUUGGUUCACGCUCCUUUUUGACAUGGCCACAGAGUUGUGAUUUUUUGGCCCCGGGAUACUGUCGACGUCACGUCGAACAGGGAUUGACGCCGAACAACAUGACACGAGAUAUUUGCAGGGACGCUCGGCAAGGACGGUAACCAAUGGGUCACACACCUCCUCUGCGAUUUCCACAGAGUCAUCGUCACUCCUGUGAUAUUGUUGAAGUUGUGAAGAGGCGCGGGAGGAACCAACCUCCACGGAGGGCGGUCAGGAUGGAGCCAUCAAGGUGAAUUUCAGUUGUGGUAUUUCAAGUUCGCUGGGUGCGCAAUGCGCAUUGAAUUUCAGAUGCAUGUUCCCAGGAUCAGCGGCCGUCCAUGGUCUAUCACUCUCUGCCAUCUGUUUGUUCACAAUUCUAUACCAGACUUCAGUAAAGAUCAACCUAUUCAUCUUCAGCCAUAUGGGUGUAGGUGUGAUGAAGUUUGUAAGACGAGUAAUGACACCAACAAUGAAAAUCCUAUCACCUGUGGAGAUGCUGAUGUGCCACAAGGAGCGGAUUCCUUCCUCGUUGCUGACAUAUACUGAGCAGUACGUUGUCGCUCGGAUACUGCAGAAGAGUAGCCAUACCUUGUUUCUUUGGCAGAGGAGGGAGAGGGGUCCUUGCCAGGCAAUGCUGUUUGAAGUCCGAACAAUAGUCGGCGCUUGUGCAAGGUGGUGCUGCACAAAAGACAGACUAACCAUGCUCACACCUUUCGCGGACAAGGGCAUACCAGUUCUCUUCUGUGCCACGCCCCAUGUCAAGAGUCCCCCCUCCCAUAGAUGCCCAUUUUUUUAUUUCUGCAGGCUGCAGGGCUCCACCCUUCUCAACAACCAACCGUCUUAUGUUCUCUUUGUUUUUGUUUUGUAUUUCCAUGUCAAGAGUUUUCUUAUGACAACAUUUCUCUUAAAUCAAGUUAAAUGUGUUUUUUAUAUAUAUAUUUUAUUCACAAGUAUUUUAUUGAAGAUUCUGAUUUGUUCUCAAGUAUCCAGUUUCAGUUUUGAAUAACAGUACAACGAAUAUAUAUGAGGUAUUGGUGAUACACAUUGCACUCCCGAGCAUUUUGCGUCAGGUCGCCGGUCGGUAUGCUGUGCGAGGAGUGGAGUGGGGGCUGCUCCAAAUGUCUAUUUUCUAAGCACUAUCCUCAUUUCUUCUGGCCAUGUUACUGAAAACAAGACUGGAAUAGGAGAAAUUGGUUUCCAUUUGUUUAUUCAGGGCAGAGAAGGUUUUUUUGAAAUUUUCGUUUGGUGGGAUAUAACUUAGAUAAGUGAGACACUGUGACUUUUUCCCUUUUUCUUUAUGGGUUUCUCCUUGUUUCUUUGGUCUUUUUUUUUUUCUCAAUCAACUUCAGAAUGAAAUUUCAUUUCAAAG